AUGGACUAUCACUUCUUGGAUUACCACAGGGUCGAGACUGGAGGAAAGUCCAAUCCCGACCGAAUGGGGGACUUUGAUUUCUGCCUUCCAGAGUCUCGGACCCUGUUGCGCCAUUCGCUUGUACCCCGAUUCACUGAUAACGAAUACUGGGAACUUUUUAUCCGAGAUAGGGACCUGCAACGCAUCGGGUCAGCUGCCCUCACCCUCGAUCACUCCUUCUACCGGCUGAAGUGUUAUAAUGGGACCUACCUUCUUUACAGCAACGGGGAAGUCUCGCGGAGCCCAAAUUGGACCGAGAUCGAGGUAGGAGGGGCCUCACAUGUGUACACGGACUCAAACCACCCCUCCGAGAACUUGAUCUUCGGGUUCCAGUGCCUCCUUAUGACCCCGGAACCCCGGAAGCCUCAACUCCAGGGACUCUGUCUGAGGCGGUUCUGCUGCCUGUGGAGCCUUGGGGUCACUCACGAUUGGAAGGGGGCCGAGUACCUAGAAGGCUGGCACCACCCUGUGCACCCCUCACGCUCCCCCACAUGGGACAAUGUUGGGCCUCUAAGGUGCGGUGGCAUUGCCAAGGAUAGACGGCUCCUCAACACCAGUGACCCACUCCACCCAUUCGGUACUGCACCCCGACAAUUUGGCACGGACCCCGCCUUCCCAGGAGAAGACCUUCUUUCAUCCUGGGAACAAAACUCCUAUAUCAAACUCCUCAGCCAGGUGGCAAAGGAAGCACCCUACCCAGAUUGUUGGAUCUGCGCACAUGCACCCAGCCACCUUCAACAGAGCCUUCCCCUUGUCCCAGUGCCAGUGACUUUGGAGCAAUUCCGUUCCUCCUGGAACCUAACCGCAUUAAACCUGACACACCAGUAUCUGUAUCUCACCGGCCCUACGAAAGGACCCCUCUGCCGCAGCUUCACUGGAGAAGGGACCUUCAUCGGAUCCAGCACAUGCAACUCUGAUCUGGAGAUCCUACCCACUGGCCAAGUUACCAUCACCGACAUAGGGGGUUCCCAGACUUUCCCGGACCUCACUACUGCCUGGGGCACUGUUGUCGGCCACCCCCCCAACUGGAAGCCUCAACCCACGGACUUCAUGCUACUGCAGGCUUUUGCUUCAGGCAGAAUGGAGUCCUACCUCAGCGGCUUAUUCUGGGUGUGUGGACACCGUGCGUACACCUGGGUAAGCCCACACAUGUCUGGAUCCUGUUUCGUAGGAUAUCUCGUCCCCGGAAUUAGGGUAG